CCCCUCACAAAACGGAUAUAUAAAUAGCUGAGCUCAAUCUCACCAAGUUCUAAUCUCUACUUCUUUGAAAUUUGUUCCUUCUGUUAAAACCAACUUCUUUCGGCGCUCAAUCUGCAAAUCAUUCUUCCAGCGUUUUUUUAAUUUCCUUUCGAGUUUCUCGAUCGAGUAAAAAUGGCGGGCGAAGGUCCCAAUUGGCAAGGUUUGCUUAAGUGGAGUCUUUCCCACGCUGAUGGUUCUAAUCCUUCUCGCAAUUUAAGCGAGGCGGAUAAAAAAUGGUUUAAAGAGGCAAUGGAGGCGCAGACAGUUGAUAUUGUGAAAAGAAUGAAAGAGAUAACACUUGUGAUGAAAACCUCGAAGGAGGAUUUGGAAUCUCAAGGGGUCACCGAUCAAGAUAUUCAAGAUAUGUUGGAUGAGUUGCAAGAGCAUGUGGAAUGCAUCGACAUGGCCAACGAUCUUCACAAGAUUGGUGGCUUGACUCCUCUCCUUGGCUAUCUGGAGCAUUCCAAUUCCAAAAUCAGGGCUAAAGCUGCGGAAGUUAUUACCACAAUCGUCCAGAACAACCCGACAAGUCAAAACGUGGUCAUGGCCCAGCAUGGUCUCAAAUCACUUGACAAAAUUUUUACCUCAGAUACUGAUAUUGUAGCUUGUACCAAAGCUCUCGGUGCAAUCUCAUCCCUGAUUAGGAAUAACAAGAUAGCAACUGAAGAGUUUAUUCGUGAUAAUGGCUAUGAGAAACUGAGAGACGCUUUAACCGACGAGAAUGUGAGAUUCCAAAGGAAAGCCUUGAACUUGAUGAGCUAUUUACUUGAUGUGGACAAGUCAAGACGUGAAUUUGUACUUGAGGCUGUGUCGUCGUCCCACCUUGCAUCGAGCAGUGACGGUGGUGUACGUGAAGCUGUGCUUAGUAUUCUUCUUGAUAUGGCACGAGACAAAUCUGGAUCUGGUAAAGCUGCUAAAAAAUUUAGCAAAGAAAAAGAAAAAUAUAUGAAGAAAGUAUUACAAGAAAGGGUGAAAAGGAUAACAGAGAUGUCCGAAGAGGAUCUUGUAGCGGCGAAAGAGGAAAUUCGCCUCGUGGAGGAGCUUUGGAGAGUGUGCUUUUGUGGGCCUUCACCACUUGUCAAGAAGGGGAUUGCUGUUCUUGAUGGGGAAAAUGAACUGUCGGAGCUGCCACCUGAUGUGGCGAGUAAGCACUUUGAACCGCCGCUCAGAGCUUGGGCUGCUGCGAAUAUGGAUAGCGAGAAGAAGGACGAGGCUCCGUUGUUGAUUGGUCCUCAGAAAAAUUCAAUGUAAUGCAUUCACUCUGCUGUGGGUGUUGUUAAAAAUGUGUUUUUGUUGUCGUGUUGUGACCGUAGAUUUUUGUGCUCGGUUGUUUCUUAGUCUCUAUAAAUGAAUGGUUUUCGUGUUCGGGCAAUCGGUAUUUCGUUUUAUUUGUUGGUUAUUGCGU